AUGGUAGUAAUCAACGGGGUGAAGUAUGCCUGUGAUUCAUGCAUCAAAUCACAUAAAGCAGCCCAGUGUGAGCAUAACGAUAGACCCUUAAAGAUACUAAAGCCAAGGGGAAGGCCACCGACGACCUGCGACCAUUGCAAAGAUAUGAGAAAGACUAAGAAUGUGAACCCUUCAGGAAGUUGUAACUGUAGUAAACUCGAGAAAAUAAGGCAAGAGAAAGGCAUAACGAUAGAAGAGGAUAUGUUGAUGAGCGGAAACAUGGACAUGUGCUUGUGUGUUAGAGGUGAGCCUUGUAGGUGUCACGCUAGGAGGAAAAGGACACAGAAAUCAAACAAAAAAGAUAACUUAAGCAUUAAUUCGCCCACAAAUAAUUCUCCUUCACCAGCGCUCUCUGUGAAUAUUGGAGGGAUGGUGGUGGCUAAUGAUGACAUCCUGAAAUCAUUGGGACCAAUUCAAAAUGUCGAUCUAACGGCUCCACUAGAUUUUCCACCGAAUGGGAUAGAUAAUAAACCGAUGGAAAGUUUCUAUACACAAACUUCUAAAUCCGAUGCUGUUGAUUCGCUUGAAUUCGAUCAUCUAAUGAAUAUGCAAAUGAGGAAUGAUAACUCCCUUUCAUUUCCUAUGUCUGCAAACCAGAAUGAAGUCGGUUAUCAAUUUAAUAAUGAAGGGAAUAACUCAAUGAAUUCAACAAUGAAAAAUACUAUUACUCAAAUGGAUCAAGGUAAUUCACAUAGCAUGACCUUACACGAUAUAGACGAAAUUCUCAAUAACGGUAUUGAACUUGGUAAUGUAAAUUGA